AGUAGUCAUAUCUUCCUUUUGCAAUGAAUUUUGUAUAGUAAUAUUAGCAAUCUAAUAAAAACAGUUUAGAAAUUCGUUCAGAGUUAUUAACUGAGGAAUACUUGUGUUUGUGUAUUAAGAUAUUCUACUUUAACUAAUUUAGAAAGGAUUAAAUUGCGAGUUGUUGAGUUGGUGUAGUUUAAAACCGUACAAACUUGCUGUUUUUUAACAGAGGAGACAUUGUUUCUGUCCAAAAUAUUUUUGUUAGUGUUUCUAAAUAUAGAUCAAAUAUUCAGACAUUAUUUGAAUCCGACACAAACAUAACGCGUGUCAGAAAACAACAAAUCGGGAAUGACUAUGGCGGGCGGCGAUAACCCGGCAAUUUAUAAUGGGGACCAAGUAUUUGUUGGGAUUAAGCAAAUUCAAGAUUAUGCCAUUGCCACAGUGGAAGGCGCUACUGAUGACAAAAAUGGUAAAAAUUUCCGAUUUUCAGUCGUAUUAAUACCAAAAAUUUACCAGGAUGACCCCAUAAAUCAAAAUAUUAUUCACAAUGCGAAUUCUUUAAUUGGAACCGACCAUGCCAACAUAGUUCGGGUUAUUCAAAUACGGGAGAAUUUAAUCAAGACAAGUACCCUUUCAAGAUUAAGAAUGUAUGGAACCACGAAUAUUCUACAAUGGUGGAAGUUACAUGGAGAUGUCGAGUGUCAUGAAAUAAUUUGUAUUGAAACUGAGGAAUGCCUAGGAUUUGGGGUGGAUUAUUUUAUUCACAAAGUUCAGUAUACUGAUCUAAUUGACUCCAAAAUGGAGCAAGAUGUCAUCCAUGUCAUGCAAGGUAUAACCAAUGCGAUAGAAUUCUACCAUCAAAAAGGAUUGUACAAUGGAAGCUUGUCCUCCAGUAGCUUCAAUGUGUUCAAAUCGCCUAGUGGUCAAACAAGUGUAAAAUUAAUGUUGACCGCGCAAAAAUCAAGGGCUAAGUCUCAUAGCGAUAAACUCAACUUGGAGGAUAUUUUGGAGGAAUUACGAUUAUUAUUGCCAACCAUUGAACAAAAAGGGGUAGAGCUACUCCUACCACUACCUGCCUUAGAUGAUACUAAAAUCCCCAAUCUUUCUAAUAUUGACGCAUCUCCACCACUAAAUUACUGCGUAUGGUUUGAUAGUUCCAAAUAUGUCUACACUUUCUACAAGAAUGAUCAUCGAUACAAUGUAAUGGCCACAAUUCAAGACUCUGUCACACAAGUUGAAUCAACGCUUACUCUAAUUCCAAAUAUUUAUUGUGGGCAUGAUCACAACAAAAACUUGAUCCACAACAGUAAUAUUCUGCUUAAUUGGAAUCAUCCAAAUUUAUCCAAUAUAAUCAAAAUCACGAGGACUCACUUCCCAUCGGACGUUCUUCGCCGGGCUAAACUACGUGAUGCGAGUUAUACAACUUGUAAUCUAAUUGAAUGGCUCCAACUUGAUGAAAAUGCCGACGUGCAUGACAUGAUUUGCAUCGAAUCGGAAUUAUGCGAUGGUUCCCCACUAUCCGACUGGAUCAGAGAAAAUAAAUUCACCGAUCUUGAACAAGAACUACAUACAAUUAUGGAAGGAAUAGUGUACAGUAUGGCAUUUAUACAUAAGAGAGACAUUUUCCAUGGAAGCUUAUCUGGGCAGAGUUUUAUUUUAAGAGCGACAGAUAACUUCGUACGUACCGUUAAGCUACACAUUUCUUUAGGACAUGCCACCCACUAUCCUGGGAUUACUUCUGAUUUGUCCAAUGUAAAAAUAUUACUUAAAGAUCUUGAACCAUUCGUGAUGAAUUGGUUGAAGAUAUGUAAUGAUGAGAAGACGAAAAGUAUCUGGUACGAUAUUGGCGCCUCAUUCGAGUCCGAUGAACUGCUCCUCUUUAUCAUUAAAGCUCUUCGACGUCUAGCAGAUCCCAUCGGAUCGACAUGGUAUCAGAAUUGGCAAUUUGUCCACUGCUUAGGGAGUGGCGCGUUUGGGACGGUAUUUUCCGCACUACAAAAAAAUACUCGGAAACAAGUUGCAGUGAAAUUAAUUCCACCGAGACAAUUCUUGACGGAUAGUUCAUACACAUUUUCCGAGGAAUCGCGUACAAGCAAUUACAAGAAAAUGCGGGAAUUUGAAAAUAUGAAAAAUCUCUCACAUAAAAACGUCGCGAAAUUGUACAGUCUCAAACUCAAGAUGUUAGACGAUACUAAUAUAAAAUUAUUCACGGAUGGGCUAGAUAAUUUGGCUUCGGGCAGCGAUUUUUUACAAAAUAUCGGCUCAAUCAAAAACAACGAGAUCAUUUGUAUAGAAAUGGAGUUAUGUGGUCCAUCCCUACGAAACUGGUUGGAUGAUUCAAACCGACAAAGCUUCCAGAAUAGUUUAGAAAUCACACAAGUGAAUAUUGUGUUUGGUAUUAUAUCCGGAAUGAGAUACUUACACGAUCAAGACAUCAUUCAUCGAGAUUUAAAUCCAAAUAAUAUCUUUUUGGGAUAUAAUGCAAUAUGCCCGGUUAAAAUAGGAGAUUUUGGACUAUCUAAAUUAGUCAACGACCCCACUCUCCCUAGCCAAUCGGGCACAGCUGGCUACUUAAAUAAUGAAAUGACGACCAAUGUCGGAACAAAACUUUACCAAGCUCCUGAAAUUUUAACGGCAAACUACAACACAUCCUCAGAUAUAUUUAGCAUGGGUCUCGUGAUUUGGGAAGUGUUGCAAUUAAUUAAAAAAACCGAGAGGAACACCCUCUUCACAAAAUUGGUAUUUCAUAAAGAUACCAGCGUGGUGGACACGUGGCGGGAGGGAAGUAAUAUGAAAGAAAUCGUGCUAAGUAUGUCCCAAUUGGAUGUUACUCAACGCGUCAAGAAUUUGUGGGAUAUUAACCCAACUUUUGAAAUAGUUCAGAUACCAAAUUGUAUUACAUAUGUUGGCAACGAAAUGCAAGUCAGUAAUGGGGACGAGCUUACUAAAUGUUUAAACAUGUGCCAAGAUGGAACCAGGAUUAAGCUAUUAGAUGGAAUAUAUGAUUGCAACAUGUUAUCAAUCACUAAGAAUGAAAUAUCUUUAGUUGGAAAUGGGAAUGACACUAUUCUGCAAAAUACAAUUACUGCCGGGCUAAUACUUAUCCUUGGGGAUAAGUGCUCCAUUUCCAAUCUCAAAAUCAUUGGAUGUAAAGAUUUCUGCGUACGAAUUCAUGGAUCCCACUGCCGCGUCACGAAUGUAGAUAUCCAAUAUGAAGCUUCAUUCUCCUCGGAAUCAUUUGUGGAGUCUUGGACUUUUCUAAUCCUUGGGGAUGGAUACAACCUCCUAAGAGAUAUUUCCAUUCACAACAAAUCAACGUGUAGAGACGUACAUGGAAUACUGAUGCACGAUAGUUGUCACAAUAACAUAAGUCAUGCCGUUAUUGAAAAUGUAGCAAUGUCAAUUGUAUCCUCAUACGGGACGGGCCACAAUAUUGAGGAAGUAGUUUUGCAAGACCCACAUAAUAUUUCUCGGUACGCACUACUCCUCGUGGGCUGCUCAAUUGUUAGUGUGAAGCAUGUGGAAUGCAACAUGUCCUUGUGUGGCAAAUUAAUCGUAAAGGACAGUCGUCAAUGUGUCGUAGAAAAAUCAAAGUUUAACUCUGUAAAGUUGAAGACUUUUAUGUCUGUGUGUGACGAUAAUACCCUAUUGGGUGUCGACUGUGGUGAACUGUUACAAUUAUGUUCGCAAGAAGCUUGUACAUUAACUAAUUGUACCGGACAGCAACUAAAAAUAUAUACUGGUCCACAAAGUGACAAUGUUCCACUGGAAGGACUGAGUAAUAAGUUCGAAUCUGUCACAAUUUUGAUAAAAUCAGAGCUAAAAAUUGGUGGACAACAUAAAAACGCGGUUGUUCAUAAGAACUCAUGUAAAGGAGGAAAUAUUGAGCCAAUUAAGAAGAAAAUAUAUCUUUGGUAUAGAAUUGGUAUGCCGACACUCCGUGGAAAAAGAUACCCACUUCAGGAUGAACUUGUGCGGGACUACGUAGCUUGGAAUAAUAAGUCACAAAGGGGCAAGUUGACGACCAAAAUUAUUGAAGCUUAGAUAAAUUUAGAAACUUGAUUGGAGUGAAGAAAGUUGUUUCAAUAAAGAACUCUUUUUAGUCGACGUGCAGAGUUCAUGAAUUUUUUAUAGUGCUUGUCUCACUCUGUCAGAGAUUUGAGUUUCAGUGGGAUCCAAACGUCGAGAAGCCAAGUGGUGAUUUUCUGACGGAAAAAAACGUCACGUUAGCUCUUUCAGGUUCACGCCGAAAUUAAAGCUUGUGUUGAGGUGGCGGGAAAAAUUUAGUAGGAUUGCAGCGAUGACAGACGAAGCUAAUAUGUUGGACAUAUGUAUGUAGCAGUACUUAUGUAAAUAUUCAUAGCUUUCUAAAUUUUUAGUGUACACCAUAAAGCAAAAAAUUGUGAAUAUAAAUAUGUUUCUGUAUAAUAAAUAAAUGGGUUGGUGGUAAAUCGCCGUCGCAAAUUUGG